AUGACAGCCGCACACUUAGCAGCAGGAACAACAAUAAAGACAAAUAAAAACGCUUUGAAACGUCAAGAGGCAUUGCUGAAAUCUCCAACCACCUGUUCGUUUUGGCCACACUGUGGCGCAUGCACCGCAAAUGAUGCAACACGCCCACACGUCACAUCCAAACGUCAAAUGUCGCUACAGGAGCCGCAACAAUUGCCAUUCAAUUGUCCGCACACAGCACAAGGUAACGUUCCACUGCAACGUUUUCAUUCCACUCGCGCAGCUAACAAUUUAAGCGAUUCAGUCAAACGCCACAACUCAUAUUCUUCUUCACACAAUCCGAACAUUUCCACUGUCAGUGUCAAUACUAAAUUCAAUGACGUGGCUAAUAAAGCCAGUGGCCGCGGUAGUGCUGUUGAGACGCAAAAUAACUGUGCUCUGACAGGUAUUGCUCGCAGUAAAACUCAAUGGACGCUUUUGUGCAGUGGUGCCACACUUAUGGAUAGCAUAGACGAGUCGAAUACUGCGGCAACGCCAUCAACAAUAAAACUGGCCGCAAGCUGCCCCAACAGCUCCGCCAUGGUCGCAAUCAGAAAUGACACCUCGAUAGCCAACGCUGCGUCCAUGGUUGCAGUCAAAUCUACCACGUUACCGUUGGCUAGCACCUCAUCGAUAUUUUUAGGCGAAUGCGAAAUGCCGAUAACGCGUGAACGUGAAUCGUUAAAGAAAUCUGGUCGUGGAAGGGAAGCAAAACGAAAAGAGAAACAACCCACUCGAAGGGAAAUUUCGAGCAUAGACGAUAAUCGAACUAUAGCUGAAAUGCACAGCAAAGAAACUACCUUCGAAGCUAAUAUACGCAAUCUGGAAAAUAAUUCCAGAUAUGAAAAACUUCCAGAUGCUAUAGAGAUAAAUAGCAGCAGCAUGGGGGCAAAUAGAACCAAAACCAAAUAUGGACUAACAGCUGCAAAGGUAAUGCAAACAGCAACAAAAACCACAACAUCAGCAUUUACCGUCGAUGCAAAACCAUUGCCAACAAAGCUUGCAACUUCUACUACUACUGCUGCAGAGCGUGGCAUGCCACAUUUACGAACAAACGAUUGGCGUAGCAUCUCCCUGCCGAAUAUUUUAUUAUCGAGCCAUGGGUGAGUAGAUCGAAUAUUUACGUAUACAUUUUUAGACUCACACACAGAUGUGCAAAUCGAAAUAUUUUAGACAUAACUACGUUAACAUAACGUCUUGCUUCCAAACCUGCGUAAAUGCUUUGGAAUAAAAGCCCAUGUGAGUGGUUUCGCUCUUCAAGUCAAGACAGUCUAUCUUCGUUUGCUUUUAGCCAUAGUGAAAAUAAUUGAGAAGGCGUGGCCAAUAUCUGAUUGUUAACCGGCUCUCAGCGCAUUUGACAGUAUCAGCUGAUAGACUGACGUAACAAGAUAUGUGUGAUUGUGUUAAUGAUAUACGAAAAAUAUCAACACAACUUUAGUUCGUUGCCGUCUGAACGACAGAUUUUAAUUUAAGACUCAGGUCAUAAAUAAGAUUUUUAGAAAUACCACCGGCGCCAUCUAGAGACUAAUAUUUUCAAAAUAAAAGGUAGCUUAUAAUCUGUUUCAUCUGUCUUCGAAAAUCCUUGCUCGGAGG